AUGUUUCGUCUUAAUUUUAUUUCUUCCCAAACUUUCCGCUCGAUCAUUUAUUCAGAACUGAAUAUCUACUUUAUCUGUCCUUCCUUCUACGUCUUCCUUCUCUCUUGUGUAAAUAAUUACAAUACCUCCUUGCUCCCUUUUCCUCUUCUCAUUCCCUUUCUCCCUUUUUCUCUUCCCAUUUUCUUGCUUUCUUUACCUCUUCACAUUUCCUUGCUCCAUUUUCCACUCCCCAUUUCCUUACUCCCCUUUUCCUCUUCCCAUUUCCUUGCUUUCUUUACCUCUUCCCAUUUCCUUGCUCCCUUUUCCACUUCCCAUUUCCUUGUUCCCCUUUUCCUCUUCCCAUUUCCUUGCUCCCCUUUUCUUCUUCCCAUUUCCUUGCUCCCUUUUCCUCUUCCCAUUUCCUUGCUCCAUUUUCCACUUCCCAUUUCCUUGCUCCCCUUUUCCUCUUCCCAUUUCCUUGCUUUCUUUACCUCUUCCCAUUUCCUUGCUCCAUUUUCCACUUCCCAUUUCCUUGCUCCCUUUUCCUCUUCCCAUUUCCUUGCUCCAUUUUCCUUCCCAUUUCCUUGCUCCCCUUUUCCUCUUCCCAUUUCCUUGCUCCCCUUUUCCUCUUCCCAUUUCCUUGCUCCAUUUUCCACUUCCCAUUUCCUUGCUCCAUUUUCCACUUCCCAUUUUCUUGCUCCUCUUUUCCUCUUCCCAUUUCCUUGCUUUCGUUUCCUCUUCCCAUUUCCUUGCUCCUUUUCCAAUUCCCAUUUCCUUGCUCCCUUUUCUACUUCCCAUUUCCUUGCUCCCCUUUUGCACUUCCCAUUUCCUUGCUCUCUUUUCCUCUUCCCAUUUCCUUGCUCCCCUUUUACUCUUCCCAUUUCCUUGCUCCCUUUUCCACUUCCCAUUUUCUUGCUCCCUUUUCCUCUUCCCAUUUUCUUGUUUUUUUUUCUACUUCCCAUUUCCUUGCGUUCUUUUCUUCUUUCCUUUUCCUUCCUCCCACAUUUCUUCUUUGUCUUUCUCACUUCUCACUCACUCGCUUUCUGUCUCUUCACUCUCUUUCUCUUUUCCUCAGUUCGCCAUUUUCUUCUGUUUUUUUUUUUAUUAAUCAAGCCCUUUCUAUGUUUCCUUUUUCUUUUUCCUUCCCGUUUUGCAAUCAAUAAUCUUCUUUUUACUCUCUCUCUCUCUCAUCUGUUUUUUUUUUCGUUGUCCUUCUUUUUCUUUUCUUUGCUUUCUUUUUCACGCUCUCUCUCAUUUUCUUAUCAAUCUCUCUUUUUAUCAUACAAAAAUUUUCUUUUCAUUUUUUGCCUAUCCGCUUUCUCUUUGUUGAUUACGCCCUACCUUUUUCAUCUCUCUUUUUACUCCCUCUUUUUUUCCUUAUCUAUAUUCUUUUUUUUUUACCUCUCCUUUUUUGCUUUUAACUUCUUUGUCACUCUCUCCCUAUUUUUUUUUGCCUCUCUUUUUCAAUCCUCUCCCUUUCUCCUUUUUAACCUCUCUCUUUUUCACUCCUCUCCUUAUUUUUAA